UGGAGUUACAAGGUGUUUGUGGGAGCAACCCAAUACCCUGCUAAAGCUUACAGUGAAAAUGGACUGGGUGGAAUACAUGCAGUUGAUUUGAAGUAAAAAAGGAGAACGUGACCAAGUAACUACAGACUGAAAACAUUUGGUAUGCUGUUGUUGUUGCUUUCUGUUUCCGGCAUACUCUGAUGUAGUCAGUUCAGCCCAGAUUAGCGACAUUUCUGUUAUGGAGGGAGUGAAGGAAUCACUUAAGGGGGUGGGGCUAAGAGAGCUGUCACUAGUUGUCCUUUGUGCUCUCAUGGUCUACCUGUUCAGAGCCCAGAAUUCUUACCUCAUUCGGCAGUCUGGCGGAAGAUGUCUAAACCUGAACAUUUUGAGAAUGGAGCAUAUCCCACAGAGGAGGAGGCACUGCCUUCUCCACGGAUCACAGACCUGGAGAGCGAUGGAAUCAACGAAGUCUUGCUAAUAACAAACGACCUGAGGUUAAGUGUGCUGGCAAUGCCGGAUGCAGAAAACACAAACCUGGGCAAGUUUGACCCUCGAGUCCUGCCUCAUGUCAUCAUUAAAGCCUCUGUGUACCUGCCGAGAAAUGUCAGCCAGCCGGCAAGGAAAGAUUGGCCUGUUGCCAUGGAAGUGGGAUAUUUGGUGCCUUAUAAAUCCUUGGUCCAAGUACGAAAACAGGUGAUUGUGAUUGUGCUGGACAGCUGGACGGUCCUGUGUUAUAAUCAUGAGUUAAGGCUUCUGUGGCGUAGACAGCUACUGGGCAUGUCAGGGGUCAGGGACACGUACUCUGUGAAGGCCAUGGCAGUGCUGGUAAGCCCAUUGUCAGUACAGAAGGGUGACCAAGGCCUUGUGAUCGUUGGCGGCAGCUUCAGUCAUCGCUCUCACCACAGACAGCAACACAAGAGACAUUCCCACAGUCAGUCUGCAGAUCAGGAUUUAUACACUCACUUCUCUACCUUUGCACUGAGUGGACAGGAUGGCACCACCAGGUGGCAGCACCUUCCAGGAGAGUUUGACAUCACCACCAAACAGCCAAAUCAGUUUCAUGUAAAUAAAGAAAAGUAUAAAGGAGGAACCUUUCCACUGGAAGCUGGAAUUGAAGACAGGCAAUCUCCAUAUGGGGGAAUCCCCUGGAUUUACUUUCACACUAACCUUUUGGAACAGCUGCCACACUCUUGGACGGGUAUCAAAAGUACAGACAUCAAUUUGGCCAAUAUAAAAAAGCAGUCUGUUGGCCCAGACCAGUCCACCAGUAAACCAGCUGUACAUGUUACAGAGGCUGUGAUUGGUGCAUUGGGAAGUGAUCACAUCAUGGGCUAUGCGUAUGGCGGACUGAGGCCUCACAAUCAUCAUGAACACGUGGAAAAUGCCAAUGUUGUGAUCAUCCACAACCAUAAUGGGUUAGAGGUGCUUAAACUGCAAACAGGUCAGCCAGUGACAAGGCUGCCUCUACCAGAGUGUAAUUGCGUCUUCCUAGACUUGGACAAAGACACUGUGGUGGAGAAAAUUUCCUUUAAACUCGUUGACGAUGUCAGCCAGGACAGGAUCUGUCGGGUGGAAGCUCAGAGCCUCAUGGGACGUAUGAAAAAGAAGACAUUUCAGACAACAGUAUGCGACUCCUGGCGCUUCUUUUGGGGCUGGACAGCGCCGGAGAGGGAGGACACGGUCAAACACUUGAGCCCGCUCGUUAUCCGCAGUGUGGCCGAGAAGAGGAGCAUUUUCCAGCACUUACUUGGAGAUCACUUGGUGUCUGCUGGAAGGGCUUGGGAUGUGCUUGUGACCACAAGUUCAGGCAGAGUGACCUCCCUUAGUUCCUCAGGCGCUAUCCAGUGGCAGGUUGAUACUCCAGCAUCCUGGGUGAAUGAAGCAGAAACAUCUAGAGCUUACCCCUCAGAUGACCACGCUCAGAGAUUUUACUCCUCCUUCAAGCCCAGUAUGACAGAAAUGGCCUUGCAGAUCUAUGGCAAAAAGGACUCCUUAGUGCUGGUUGGAUGGAAGUCGAUAGUCUUGGUGGAUUUGAAGAAAGGGAGAUUACUUGGGGAGCAUUCGCUGCCUUGCCAGCCAACAGAUGGUGUGGUGAUUGGUGAUUUUGACAACGAUGGCUAUAAUGAUGUUAUCCUAACCUGUCCUGUGGGGUACAUUGGGUUUUCCAUCCACAAACAGACUAACCAUGUGUACACGGCUGUGUACAGGGCAGGUGUCUUCCUUGGUGUUUUGAUGAUCACCUGGUGUCUCAUGUCUGAGCAGGAUCAAUUGCCUGACGGUGUAGAUUGAAAGCAGGAGCAUGCAUACACUAGCCUGAGGCUUAAGCUGAACGAAGGAGCACUCUAGAUUUCAGAAGUUGUACACAGAACACAGGAGAACUCGCAUAAAGCUUAAACUGGAAUCAGGAGCAUGCACUUAGCUGAGGAUUGAACUUAAGGGGCACUCUCCUGAAGCUGUAUACCUCUUGUCAGGCAUUGUACACUGAAAGUUCUAAGGGACAUUUGUCUCAAGGUGUACUCUGAAAGAAGGGGCAUUUACCUUAAGCAAUACACUUAAAGAAGGGAACUUGCCUUAAAGUGUAUACUAAACGAAUGGACACUUGCCUGAAGGUGUGCACUGGAAGAAGGGGCACUUGCCUGAAGGUGUGCACUGGAAGAAGGGGCAUUUGCCUGAAGUUGUACACUGGAAGAAGGGAUAUUUAAUUCAGGGCGUUCAGUGAAAGAAGAGACACUUGCCCAAAAGGUUACGUUAAAAGUGUUAUGCUGAAAGAAAGGACACUUGCAUGAAAGUCUUAUGCUGACAGGAGAGACACUUGCAUGAAAGUGUUUUGCUGACUGGAGGGACACUUGCAUGAAUGUCUUAUGCUGACAGAAGGGACACUUGCAUGAAAGUGUUUUGCUGAAAGAAGGGACACUUGUCUGAAAGUCUUAUGCUGUAAGAAGGGACACUUGCCUGAAUGUGUAUGGUGAACCAAAAAGUAUGUACAAGAAGUUAUAGAUUCAACUCGGAAUUGCAUGCCGCAGGUUGCAGACUGGAUACAGGAGCACUUAGGAGUGGACUUCAAGUGAACACAGGAGUAAAACCAAUGGUGGACUGAACACCAUGGCACUUGCUGCUACUUUGUCGCCAGAUUCUGUAAGGAGGGAGUGUUACAGACUGAGUAGUACUGGAUGGCUAUUGUGAAAUGAAGCUGGUACUGAUUAGUGGAGAAACCUACAUAGAGUUUUGAGGUUUUCAUCAAAUAGAUCCAUGGCAGUUUCACAGAGAUUAAAGUAUAAUGAUACAAGCGUGAAAUCCUACUCCUGCAAAAACUCAUAGUAUUGGUGAAUUUGCAUGGUCAUGAGGAUAGCAGUGUGUCUGAAAGGUGGGUGGCCCUAACAACUGACAUUUGUGACAUAUGGAAAAUCAUAGACUAAGGUUGUCUAUCAGAGAUUGUAACAUGCAGUGAACAUGUAUUUGCCAGUUGACAUCAAACCCCUCUACAUGUACACAGGCUUACUUAAGGAGAGUACAUCAAAGGGGAGGCAACUGUGCUGGGGGAAAAAACUGUGGAUGGAGAGUUUGUCUUAUUAUAAGUUGGCUUACUUUUGAUGUUGUGAAAACAUUGUUUCAUGAGUAACCAUCACAGUUUGAAAUUGUGUAACAUCACAUUGAGUUAAGCCAGUCAGAAUGAAAACUAUUAACAUGCAGCACAUACUAAUAUUUAAGGUCUUUUCAUCCACAAUGUUUGUUUGUUUGCGAGGAGCUAUGAAGUAUCAUAUAUGUAAAUGCUGUGAUGAAUUUACUGUGAGUAUUUGUACAUGUAAAUGAGAAGGGGAUAAAACAGUGUAUGUAUAAAAAAGCAUGUGUCACUGAGCAGAAAGAAGUGAAUCUAUCCACCGUUGAUACAGUUUCAUCGAAGGCAAACACUGCACAUGUUAAUAAACCUAUGAAGCAAGUGUACACCACCAGAGCUCCUUACUGAAUGUGCAGUAAAUGGUGCACUAAAUUGUUUUUGUCACACAUGCAGCCUGCUUAAUUCCGUGUUUAUCUGCAGCAUUUGCAGAGUGUACAUCUAAGCUCUUGUUCUUCAAUGUGAACAUGCCACACUGUGGUAUCAUUUUGUAAGGAGAAGGUCCAUAUAUUGUAUACCGUGAAUUGGGCAGUACGGGCAACAGUUUCUUCAAACAGUAGACCUGUUCAAUAAUUUGUAACCUCAUAAAACAAAGACGUUUAAAACAUUGCAAACGUUUUGACGUCAUGACAUGGUGCACAAACAGAACAGUGCAGUGAAUGUUAUGUCGUAGCAUCAAGCUAUAACAAGCUGUAAAUAAACAUGUCCACAUCAAGACCAGUCUGCCUGGAAGUAUUAAGAGAGAUUUUCGUUGUAGUAACAAAUACUGUUACAUGUUAUGUUAAAUAAACCCCAAAGCCUCUGAAACACUGACCAAUUUACCUCUCCGUCCCAAGUAUUCACAAACAUAUUACUGACAGAGUCUUCAUAUGAUUUUAUUUCAUUCUCUUUGCAAUAAAUCUGAAUUAUUCUGUGCAUGCAUGCAUUAAGUAAUAACAUAUAUAAAAUGUCUUUACAAUUUCCUGAGUACUGGAGAAACAUCUGCUGGGGAAGAACUUGUUUUGGUGGACUAAAUUAAGAUGUUGGCAAUAGAUAAAGCCAUUAACCAGUCCAUUUUAAUCAUAAAUGCAUGUUAUGGUCUGUAUCAGUGCUAUUAAAUAUGGAGAGACUUGGAUAAUAUUUUUUCAUAAAACCCUUAAGGUAUAAUUAAUUACAAGAUCACCAACAAUGUGCCACACAGCAUCAGGUACACUUAAUUAGCCGUGUAGCCUUCACCCACGAAACAUUCUCAAUCAGACACACACACUUGCAGAGAAUUCUAGAGUAAUGAUUGCCCAUUUUGCUUGGAUAUCAGAGAUGAUAUUACAUGAACACAUAAUGGAUAUUUAACACUACAGGUGUUGUGUACUAUUAGUUAUAAGACGACCUUGCAGGGAUAUACACGUAGGUAUUUGGCCGAGGUUGGAUCAUUAACGGACGAAGCCAAAUAUUUACCUGUAUACCCCCAGAAGGUCAUCAUAAAACUAAUAGUAUACUAUACCUGUCGUCGUCAUAAAACAAAUUUAUCACCAUAAAGAGCUUUU